AUGGAUCUUGGAGACAGAAAAUUUGGAAGGGGCAAUAGAGAACUUGGAGGUACUUGUGAUCUCAUAAAUCAAUAUAGACUUUGGCCCUACUAUGAAUUCUUCUGCAAGAAGCCACUUCCAGUUCCAAUUUCCGAGACACAUUAUCUUCACAAUGUGGUGGGUGACACAAAAGUGAGGAAAGGAGAAGGAAUGGAACUGGAUCAGCUCUGUCAGAUCCCGGACCCAAGCGAGAAAAAAGCUUGCUUAUGUCCUUUUGACUUGGAUAUACUAAGUGAAGCUUUCCAUAUGAGGGAAAUGAAUCCGGUCCACCUUUCUUCUACAUGUUAUGUCAAUGUGUUGUACACUGGCCAGAAGGGGCUGCCAAAUUCACUGCUCAAGUUAGAGAAACGGUCUAGAGAUCAUGAGAGGAAGAUAAAAAAGGUCAAAGAUAAGGGUGAAAAGUAUAAAAAGCAGAAGCACGUACUACAUCGAGUAAAUAAUGGAAGUUGUAUAGAUAACGCCAGAAUCAGAUCCCAUGAUCCCCAUCCCUUGCAAUUGAAGAAUCAACAAAACAAGAAAAAGACAGAUACGAGCAAAGAUCCUUCUGUAUGCAAACGGUAA